GCUUAGCGGAGCGCUUGGCUACCGUCGCGGCAGCCUCCUCACCUCCCUUCAGUCAUGGAGCUUCUUAGUGGGCCCCUGGUCUUCCUGCUCCUCCUGCUCCAGGUUUGCUGGCUACGCAGCGUGGUCUCCGAGCCCUACCGGGAGGACUUCAUCCAGGAGGCUGGAGUGACCUUGGAGGUGGGAAGAACUGACCUGGAGCCGAGCCAAGCGCUAGAGAAAGAGGCAUUGGCUGGACACGAGGUGCUCGGUGCAGACAAUGGAGGAAUCAUUACACUGAAUAGGGGGACAGUCCAGGGAGGGAAGUGUGUGAUGAGCUCCCCACGCUCACGCAUCUUACGGAGACGAAAGAGAGAGUGGGUGAUGCCACCAAUAUCGGUCCCUGAGAAUGGCAAAGGCCCUUUUCCUCAGAGGCUGAAUCAGCUUAAAUCUAAUAAGGACAGAGGCACCAAGCUUUUCUACAGCAUCACGGGGCCUGGAGCUGACAGUCCCCCUGAGGGAGUCUUCACCAUAGAGAAGGAGACGGGCUGGCUGCUGUUGAAUAUGCCACUGGACAGGGAGAAAAUUGUCAAGUAUGAGCUUUUUGGCCAUGCUGUAUCUGAGAAUGGUGCGUCUGUAGAGGAGCCCAUGAACAUAUCCAUCAUUGUGACAGAUCAGAAUGACAACAAGCCCAAGUUCACUCAAGACACCUUCAGAGGGAGUGUUCCGGAGGGGGUAAUGCCUGGCACUUCUGUGAUGCAGGUGACAGCCACAGAUGAGGACGACGCCAUCAAUACUUACAAUGGGGUGGUGGCUUACUCCAUCCAUAGCCAAGAGCCGAAGGAGCCACACGACCUCAUGUUCACCAUCCAUAAAAGCACUGGGACCAUUAGCGUCAUUUCCAGCGGCCUGGAUAGAGAGAAAGUCCCUGAGUACACACUGACCAUCCAGGCCACAGACAUGGACGGAGACGGCUCUACCACAACAGCCGAGGCCGUAGUGCAGAUCCUUGAUACCAAUGAUAACGCUCCGGAGUUCCAGCCGCAGAAGUAUGAGGCUUGGGUGCCUGAGAAUGCAGUGGGCCACGAGGUACAGAGGCUGACAGUGACCGAUCUGGAUUCCCCCAACUCACCAGCAUGGCGUGCCACCUACCACAUUGUGGGAGGUGACGACGGGGAUCAUUUCACCGUGGCCACUCACCCAGAGACCAACCAAGGCAUCCUGACAACCAAGAAGGGUUUGGAUUUUGAGGCUCAGAACCAACACACCCUGUACAUAGAAGUGACCAAUGAGGCCUCCUUUGCAGUGAAGCUCCCGACUGCCACCGCCACCGUGGUGGUCCAUGUGGAAGAUGUCAACGAGGCCCCUGUGUUUGUUCCACCUUCCAAGGUCAUUGAGGCCCAGGAAGGCAUCGCUAUUGGGGAACUGGUCUGUGUCUAUACUGCACAGGACCCAGACAAGGAGGAACAGAAGAUCAGCUACAGCAUCUUGAGAGACCCAGCCAGCUGGCUUGCUAUGGACCCGGACAGUGGUCAGAUAACGGCUGCGGGCAUCUUAGAUCGUGAGGAUGAGCAGUUUGUGAAAAACAACAUCUACGAAGUCAUGGUGUUGGCCACAGACAAUGGAAACCCUCCCACCACCGGCACUGGGACCCUCCUGCUAACACUUACUGACAUCAAUGACCAUGGCCCAAUCCCUGAACCUCGUCAGAUCAUCAUCUGUAACCAAAGCCCCGUGCCUCAAGUGCUGAACAUCACAGACAAGGACCUGUCCCCCAACUCCUCCCCUUUCCAGGCCCAGCUCACACAUGAUUCAGAUAUCUACUGGAUGGCAGAAGUCAGCGAGAAAGGAGACACCGUGGCCUUGUCCCUGAAGAAGUUCCUGAAGCAAGACACAUAUGACUUGCACCUUUCUUUGUCUGACCAUGGCAACCGGGAACAGCUAACCAUGAUCAGGGCCACUGUGUGUGACUGCCACGGCCAGGUGUUGAAUGACUGCCCCAGACCCUGGAAAGGUGGCUUCAUCCUCCCCGUCCUGGGUGCUGUCCUGGCUCUGCUGACCCUUCUGCUGGCGCUCCUUCUGUUGGUGAGAAAGAAGAGGAAGGUCAAAGAGCCCCUUCUGCUCCCAGAGGAUGACACUCGUGACAAUGUCUUCUAUUAUGGAGAAGAGGGUGGUGGCGAAGAGGACCAGGACUAUGACAUCACUCAGCUCCACCGGGGACUAGAGGCCAGGCCCGAGGUGGUUCUCCGCAACGACGUGGCACCAACCUUCAUUCCUACCCCCAUGUACCGUCCCCGGCCCGCCAACCCAGAUGAAAUCGGCAACUUCAUCAUCGAGAACCUGAAAGCUGCCAACACAGACCCCACUGCCCCUCCCUACGACUCCCUGCUGGUGUUUGACUACGAGGGCAGUGGCUCCGAUGCUGCCUCCCUGAGCUCCCUCACCUCCUCCGCCUCUGAUCAGGACCAGGACUACAACUACCUUACCGAGUGGGGAAGUCGAUUCAAGAAACUGGCUGACAUGUAUGGUGGCGGUGAGGAUGACUAGACUGGCCCGCCAUGCUGUCCAGGCAAGAACUACAGACCGGUCACAGCAGCAUCUCAGGGGAGCCCAGCUCUCACUCCUGCUCCUGAGGACUCUGAAGCUCGCCAGGAAGUCGCCCGCGAAGCAGGCUGCAUCUGACAUGAAGGCUAGACUGUGAGCCUUUCAAAUGGGAGGAUGUGACUCUGACUUCAACACUGAUCCCCCUCAGCCAAUGCUGAGCCCUCAGAACGGACUAUAGAGGUCUCCCGCCUGCCACACAGGGCUCAGGGCAGAACUUGCUCCGAUGCCCUUGGUGACUUCCCCACUUGAAUGGCUCUCUCUUUAGAAAGAGACCUCUCACUAAGGCCCCUUUUUCCUUUAAUGCAGUUUUCAUAAAGAGGCUCAGGGUGGGGCAGGGUGCAGACAUCAGUCUCCCUUCAGGCUCUCCAGAAGAGAAGCCUACAGGGCACUGGCCCCGGUACAUUUCUCUGAUCUCCAGGUCUUGAGGCCUCACAUUGGGAGGGAUAACUGCUUUUUUUUUUUAAUGAGUAUAUCUAAGUUGUCUUGUAUUUUUUUAUUUUCCCUGAUGUGUGCUGUAGAUGGAGAGUGAUGACAAUCGUGUAAAUGUACUAGAAUUUUUUUAUUAAAAUGAACUUUUUCCCAGA